GGCGGGGUCAGAUUUUUUUCAUCCCCCCCCCCCCCGCGGUGAAUUGUCAAACAGGGGGAUCUCUUUGCUUCCAAAGACUUUAACGUGGUUAAAUUUGGCUCUACGGGAUCAUGGCUAAAGGCAGGAGGCACAAGAUGUCCAAGCCCAAGGCGGCGCCCAGGACCGACGGCCAGGAGGAGGAGAAGGACGACGACGCCGCCCCCGAGAGCGCCGAGAAGCGGCCCGCCGGCCGGCCCAGGAUCAACGGGGAGAACAUCUUUUCUUGCCAAUCCAAAAUCUACACCUACAUGAGCCCGAACAAGAAUCCCGCUGUUCGACUACCCCUCCAGGAAGAAAACUCCACCACGUCUCAUGAGGCAAAAUGCCCAGGCAAAACUGUGAACGAGGGCUACAGGAAAGGAGAAGACAGAAUCAACAUUGGCAAUGCAGUAGAAGGCACCGUGAAAGCCGAAGGCCAGAACGACAAGGAGAGCGAGGGGGAAUCUCCGGGGUCCUUUUCGAACCAAAAGCAAGAAGCCGCAGAAACUCCGAAGCUCCCGCCUGCCGAGUCUGGCGUUGCAACGAAUGCAAAACCGACGCUGAAGAAGGGAACAAAAGCGAAACCAGGUCCUAGGAGAAAAGUUCAAGGGAAGACGCAACCAAAUCGGAAGGUGACAGAUUAUUACCCUGUUCGAAGAAGUUCUCGAAAGAGCAAAAAAGAGCUGCAGACAGAGGAGAAGAAGCAAAUCGAUGAGUUAAUAGAAAGUGGGAAGGAAGAAGGCAUGAAGAUCGACUUCAUCGACGGCAAAGGGAGAGGGGUCAUCGCGACCAGAUGUUUCAACCGGGGAGAGUUCGUGGUCGAGUAUCACGGGGAUCUGAUAGAGAUCACGGAUGCCAAGAAACGAGAAGCGCUGUACGCUCAAGACCCAUCCACUGGCUGCUAUAUGUACUACUUUCAGUACCUAAGCAAAACGUACUGCGUCGACGCUACGAAAGAGACCAAUCGCCUGGGGAGGCUGAUCAACCACAGCAAGUGCGGGAACUGCCAGACGAAACUCCACGACAUCGACGGCACCCCACACCUCAUCCUGGUGGCCCUGCGCGACAUCAAGGCCGGCGAAGAACUCUUGUACGACUACGGAGACCGGAGCAAAGCCUCCCUCGAAGCUCACCCGUGGCUAAAACACUAGCUCACCUCGUCCCGGGAAGAGCCUUUCUCCCCCUUCCGAGGGCGCUCGACCUGCUUUGUUUACAGCGCUCGUUGUGGAGACGCCUCCGGGGCCUGCUCCCUCAUUAUUUAAAAAUGUCUGUCUCGAGGUCGCUUCUACCCACUCCACACUCCUGGGCAGGCUUGAAACAGACUUCUGGAUAGGUUUCUCUAUUGGGCUUGUCAGGAUUUCGGGGGGGGGGGAUCCCUUUACCUAUCGACGGGUUAAUCGAUCAGUGUUUCCUGAUUGCGGCUGUUGGGAUUAGUGUAGAAUUCUGUGGCGGGAACGCAGCUGUUUGGGCUGGCCGCUCUCCUGCUUCGAUGAAGGGGGAAAUGUCCUUUAGAGCGAGUGCCCGCAGCGUGGCGAAUACCGACCGUCCCUCCUGAUCAUCAACAAAUGGGCAUCUGUUUUCUUCAUGUCCAGGUGGGCGGGACUGAGGGGGCUGCAUGCCCCUGCUGUGGAAUUAUGCUGUUCACAGUCUCUGGAAGGGGUACUUGUUUGGGGGGGGGGGGCAUGGCAAACGUUUGCCCCGCUUUCUGGCAUUAGCAAUACGCUUUCUUGAUGCCGGGGCGGGCUGCGUCACUCUCGCUCCAUUCUUGCCUUGUGGAGGCGCCGUCCAGCCAAGGGGAUCGAGCGGCUUUUUGAAGCCCGAAUGGGGCGAGGACGACGCUUGCUCGCGAGCGCAGGGAGAGGGGAACACGGCGGCGCUAAACGGCGACGAAAGGGAGAGCCGCUUCCUCGAAACUGGGCCUUUCCAAAAGCCCGGGUCUUGCCCGGCUCCAGAUUUUUUGGUCCCACCUCCGACUGUCACGUUGGGAUGGCUCUUGUCAUUUCCAAAGGUUUCUCUGGCCGUUUGGAUCUUUGUGAGGUUCACCCGGGAUUGUCAGUGUUUGUUAGUUAGAAGGAGGGGGUGGGGUGGCUGAGUUCCAGUGCAGACGACGGGCAAAGCAAGUAACUCGCCUUUGAAUUCCCUUUCCUCCUGUCGCCGUGGCUUCAGGGCCUGCUUCCUCAUCUCCCCCGACCGUUCGGCUAGGAGGGACCAAGUGUCACCUAAUGAGCGAACCCCGAUUUGGGCAUCCCCUUGACUUGCUGGCUAUCUGUUCUCCCGUAGGCCUGGCCUAGAGGCAACCUGGGGUUCGACUGAGCUGUAAGUCAAAUUGAAAACCCCCUGCAGAAGGGUGUGGGGGCAAGGCGGCUAGCAGGCCCCAAAUGGCCUGUUCCAGUUGUCGCCGGCCUGGUGUGCUUCCCCGGCAGGGCUGUUGUGUGCGGAACUUCUUUUCGGAGAGCCCGGAAUGCCACCCACUGUGAAACGCUUGCACCGAGAAACGAAGCGGGAGUGUUGUGGGUCUAAGAGAGUGGCCAUUGAGUCAGCUGGGGCCCCUUCUCAGGAAGGCCGCUGUUUCGUUACAGUCCCACCCGGAUGGCGGGAGGAGCCUGGCCUCUUUCCGGCGUCGCUUCCCUCGCUGACGCCUUCCGCCGCCGAAGCCUUGCUCAUUUUACCGAGAGAAGCUGUCCGAUUUGGCUGCUAUCCUUUUUGAAAGAGAUGCGAACUCCACUCCAGAGACAGCUGGAUUUUCCUUUUUCACGAAUGGCAUUUGGUCCACAUAGAAAUAUGAAGCUGAGCUACGGUAACGUAACUGAGGGACUCUGCUUUUCCUUUCUCGAAGAGAAGGGAGCGGCGGAAGACGCCGACAUUUUCCAAUCCUGGUACAGCUAAGAAAUCACUGCUGGAAACGAGGGACCGGCCUCCCCGCCCCUGUGCGGGACUGAUGCAAGCUCUUGGCGUUGAUUCAGCACUUGCAGGCAGAAGAGGAGACCUAGGAGGGCGCACCCCUUAAGCUGGCUUGAAGCGCUCUCAAGGUCUCUCAGCCGAGCUGAGAAGGAAUUUGGCACCUUUGGAGGAAAGGAGGGCCUGGUUUAAUGCAGUUCUGGAGCCUGCUGCUGGUGAAAAAUGAGCCUGUGGCGAUUGGGGGAGGGGGGGGGGGGAAGCACUGUGUCAACGUUCCUUUUUGGAAACGCUGAACUUUGGCGCUGAGCUUUGGCAACAACGUUUGGGCUGUCGGCCUGAACCCAUGCAUCCUGCCGUCCCCGCCACAAGAGAGAGGCAGUGAGGGGACAUGGGAGGAGUUGGUGGCUUUGUAUAUUCCAACAUGAGAUCUCCUCUUUUAUAGAACACACGGGGGGGGGGGGGUGCUUUGGCUCUUCCAAGGAAGAUGGGUGUUUGCUUCUGAAAAUCUCUGACCUCCCCACGGUUUGCUUUGAGCAAAGUUGCGGGAGAGGCGGGGAGCGGUGGAGGGAAAUAGGGGGUCUGGCUUCGUAUUGUAUUUUUUAAAAGGAAAAAAAAAAACUUGAAGAAAAUAUUUCUGUGUACAAAACGAAUGAAAUAAAACGAGAUAUUUAUUAACAGGGA